AUGACUCGACCUUUGGGAGAAUUCCCCCAUUGCCCUGGAGCUUGGUAUUCCUCCGACGAAGACUCACGAGAACGCAAACGUCCGCGCAUUAGCGAAUCCACCCCAACCCCAAUAGCACCCCCUCUGGCCUUCGUCAACCCUCCAGUCGAAGCAUCCAUUCCGGCCGAAGAAGCACCUGCAGAAGAAGUACCUGCAGUCGAAGACCAGGCCUUUCCGGAAUCUCCCCAAGCCUCUCAAAGCACACAGGCAUACGCGGACCGCUUGGUACUAGCAUUUAACUAUCUCGAGGAAGGCGAAGAACCACCUCCAGUUGAAGAGGACUCCCAGGCCUCUGAAGACAACGAUUUCGAAGACUUUGACACGGUCGCUCUCCUAGCAGCGUACGAAGCACACAUACAGCAAAUCAAGGACCACCACGCCACCCUCGCUGCAACAAAAACAGUUGUACCAGAAAUUGCAAGCAGAGCUAGUAGAGUCGAUACAGAAUCUCUCCCGGAAGCCUCUGGUGGAGCCUCUCCUGGACCCGAAUGCCUAACAGGCUCUCGACCACGCGCAUCCAACCUCGAGGUAGGCCGCUCCGCCUUGCAAGAAGAGCAACAAAGCAAAAUCUCCAAACCCCCAACUCCGAGUCGACCCCCCUUUGAAUAUACUGGUAAUCCCGAAGAAAGCGACACCAAAAGCGACACAACUAUCCUCGACGAACCCGACGAACCCCAAUCAGCAAAGGCUCGUUCAAAGGCUCCUGCGACCCCUGAAAAGGCUCAAAAGGCUUCAGCCGAUUCACCAAUCAUGCCACCAUGCAGGGGAAGAACCUCAGCUGCCUAUAAGAUUACCAGUAUUGAACAGAUGAGGGAGAUUCUGCAACUUACCGGAAGAGAUGAUGUCUACAGGGCUCUCCGUACUGCGCUCAGUAACGAAAUGACAAGAAUUGGCCGUGUCAACAAGACAACCUCUGGACUUGAUUUAUUCGAGCAAUUGAGGGAUUGGCUUAUAAAUCACAAAGUUCUCAAAGCCUUAAAGCAAAGUUACAUGAGGGAGGGCUCGGAGGCCUCCGAGAAGAUCAAAGCAGCCCUCGGUUAUCUCAUUGGCGACCGAUCCCACACCCGUGGAGCCAGGACUUUAGCCGAGAUCAAUGAGGGGGGAGGCGAGUCCAACGAGAAUCCCACCUUGGCUGCGGCAGAGGUUUGGAAGGCCAUGGGAAUACCCUACAGGCCUGCAAUAACUGUACAUGUUAUUGACCCAACGAAGAUGGGAGCCGUCGUCAGCGCGGCUUACUGUAACGGGGGUGCCAUGAUGGGGCACGACCGUGACUUCGAUCAGGUAGAUAGGUAG